AGAAUGUGUUUCCCUUUGCGGCUGCCGUAGAAAACCCGAGCGUAUAAAUCGGCUAUUGGCUCCAUCGCUCUCUUAGAGUUUUGAGAUAAAUCGUGUUUGAAACGAAACGCCGACAUGAGUCUCCGGAAGCAAACCCCUAGUGAUUUUCUGAAACAAAUCAUCGGAAGACCAGUAGUGGUGAAACUGAACUCUGGUGUCGAUUACAGAGGAGUCUUGGCCUGUCUGGAUGGCUACAUGAACAUUGCUGUGGAACAGACAGAGGAGUAUGUCAAUGGGCAGCUGAAGAAUAAGUAUGGAGAUGCUUUCCUGCGGGGAAACAAUGUGUUGUACAUAAGUACUCAAAAGAGGAAGAUGUGAUGAAGAGUAUUUUCUUUUUAAAUCUGCUUUCAAGUUUUUCUUUUGUUCAAGCCUGUGUUCUUUUUAUGUUUCAUUGUUGGAACUUUUUUGAAUGGAAGUCAUUUUUUGUUGUAUGAAGAAAAGACCUUGAAUAAAUGAACAUUUGAGUUCUUUCAUUUUUUUUUUUAGAUCUGAUUGCAUGUACAAAAAGGUUUUGAAGUAGCUAUUGUGAAAGCUUAAGAAGAUGUUGCUCACUAUAAAAUCGGCUCUGUCCCCCUGAGAUUCUGGAAUUCUGUAAGGGAUUGACGGCAUCUUGCCUGGAUGGCAAUGGGUACCGAUGAGGUCAGUUAAACACACUGGCAUUAUGGCAGGUGUUCCAAACCAGCACCAGUUACUUGAUCUCUGUUCUAAGUGGUCAUUGAUCGUGGGCUCUAUUUGUGUAAAAAAAAAAUAAUAAAAAUUGUAGUUUUAGGGUAGUCUGUAUUGGGUAACCUUUUUUUGGAAUUGCGUGGGGUCAGGUGAGGCCAGGGGUGCAUUGAAUAAACCAUGUUUUCUGAUUCAUUGAGUGGAAUUUGGCUCUUAUUAAAUAGAAUUAAAGCUGUAGAUUUGAGGGUAUUAGCAAUGUGUAUAGUUUUCAAAAAUUGAUUUUGGCCUAAAUCAACCUUUUGAAAAGGGAAUUUUGAAAACGCUUUAAAAAAAUCUAUCAAGAAGUAAAUCCACAUGCUAGACCUUGAUCUCCUCAUGGUCAACCCACUUUGCAGGGAUUGGAGUGUUAAA